AUGGAAAAGUUUGAUACAAGUUGCGAGCCUAUGGAUGUUGAUCUAAGUACUACUUCAGUGAAUACGUCGUCGUCUCACGAUGAAGCGACAGUUUCUGAAAACCCGUCUCCGGCUUUAAAUACAGCUAAUACCUCUACUACCACUGCCCCAUCCGAAAUAUGGACUGUAAAGACAUACCACAUUAAGAAGACUGAGAAAAAUAAUGGCCAUUUCAAAUUAUUUGUAACGUUACUAGUCCUGUGUGCAUCAAUUAUAAUUUAUAUGAUUUUAGAUAUAAAAUGCAUUGAUAGUAUUAACUUAACAGAAUUAAGAACUGUAUUUGAAACCAGAGUACAUGAUCAAACUAAAGCUGUUGAAUUAUUUUUGGAUAGUUUAAGUCAAGAUGUGGAUAGUAAAAUAAUAUUUUUGUAUGGUGCAACUGGAGUCGGAAAGACAUACACAACAUCUCUAUUGUUAGAAAAUAUUUGGAACUCUUCAAAUAUAUAUCAUUUCACUAUGCCGAGUUUCAUAAAUACAUUUUCAGUAGAUACAAUGUAUGGGAUUAAUAUUUGCAAGACAUCUACAAUUGUUGUUGAUGAUUUAAAAGAGUCUGAUUUACUAACAGUUAAAAAGUUUAUGUUAGAUAUUAUUACAAAAAGUGAAGACUUGAAGAAAAAAGUAACUAUAAUUUUAAUAAUAAAUUGUGAUAUUAUUACCAAAGAGUUAAUAAAAAGCUGUGAUGAGCAUUUUUAUGAAACAUUAACAGAGUCCUUUAAUGAUGUACAUGUUACAAAAAAGUUUAUCAAAUAUGAACCACUCACCCUAAAUACACUGAGGAAAUGUAUCAAUGAUGUACUAGGAGAUCAGAAGAUAAGUAAUAAUGAAUAUAAUAAUUUAUUAAAUAAUUUCAAUGUCACUCUUGAUGGUUGUAAAGGUGUCUACAAGAAAGUAAAGAUUUUAAAAAAGUUCAAGGUAUGA